ACUGCCUGAACUACGUUACCCAUGAUGCCCGUUGUCUUCGGUGCGUCAUCAUGACGCAAUGCAGUGACGCGUUUGUUGUGAGACGGGAAGGCACAACAAACAACUCAAGGGAUUUUUUCCACAACUGGGAUUAUUUUUUGGAAACGGCGAUGUGAGUGACUGAAAGAGGAGAAGGUCUCCUACAAAAAUGGCCUCAGAACUUCACGAAACCAUCUUUAUGGCCAAACAAGAGCGACACAAAAAUCUUUUCUUGAACUACAGAAAUCUGAAUAAUUUCCCAGUUGAGCUUCUCAGAGAUGAAGGACUUCAGUUUCUGGAGAGACUCUACAUGAAGAGAAACUCUCUCACGACACUACCUGAGAAUUUAGCCCAAAAACUUCCCAAUCUGAUUGAAUUAUACCUACAUUCAAACAAUAUCGCUUCUAUUCCUCAAGCUAUUGGCAGCCUGGUUAAACUGCAGUCACUGGACCUGAGUGAUAACGCCCUGCAAAUCAUCUGUCCAGAGAUCGGUCAGAUGCGCUCUUUACGACAUCUGCGAUUGGCCAAUAAUCAACUGAAAUUUCUCCCACGAGAACUGGGAGAUCUUCGCGAGCUGGAGACUCUGGAUGUGUCCAUGAAUCUCCUGAGGACUCUACCGGAGGAUCUUCAUCACUGUGUGUCUCUACAGUGUCUGACGGCAGACCGUAACCUCCUGUACGCUCUUCCCCGUCAGAUCUGUCUUCUGCCCGACCUCAAUGAGCUCUCGAUGGCUGCCAACUGCUUGACUUCACUGCCGCUGGAUCUGGGUCGUUCUAUGGAGCUGCAGUUUGUCUUUGUGGACAACAACGCUCAUCUGAGGGGUCUCCCGUCAUACCUUUAUAAUAAAGUCAUUGGCUGCAAUGGCUGUGGUUUGGGUGCUCAGGUCUCUGAUGUGAAACCUCUCUCGCUGACUCUGGGAGGUGUAACCGUUCCUCUCCCAUCUGAAGUGAAGGCCAUCGGCUCAGAGACGGACCACGUGUUGCCACUAGAAGAGCUGGCGUGCAGAGUCCUGCAUGCGACCCACGGCCUUUCCGAUGUGAAUGUGUUGCCCAGGAGUCUUCAGGAUGUUGUGCGAUGGCCUUUGGGUCACUGUCAUCGCUGCAGUCAGCCCAUGUUCACCAUCGUCUACCCUAAACUUUUUCCUCUCAGGGAGACGCCACUCGCUGGAGUACACAAGAGAACCACUGUGAGUUUUCUAGCGUACUGUUGCUCCAGUCUGUGUCUGAGGACCUUUGACCUGCAGGGCUCAUGAAGAGGUGGAGAACUCACAAGAGAUUUCACAUUGAACUCAUGUCUGUCCUGAGGCUCAUCAGCGUACAGAAGACAUUAAAGACAUCAGAGGAUGCUCUCCCUUCACACGAGUGUUGUAUCAUUUAACACAACACCAGCAAUCGUCUUUAAACCGAUAAAUGAAAGCAGAAUGAGAAGAGCUGUGAACUGUUUAAAUAAUAUUUGUUUUGGUUUUAUUUUAGUUUAGACUGCAGGUGUCUAAAAUGAGGAAUAUUAAUACAAGGCUGACGAUUUAAUGAAGCACUUAAUAUUAUCAGUCUAUAAUUGGUGGAGAUUUCUUAAAAAAAAAACGUUUUAAAUAAUUUUGAUUUAAAGAUUAUGAUAUGCAUAUCACUGUUUUACCAUUAUCCAAUUUCCAAGAAAACCAUUUUAAAGUCACUUAUUUUGCAUAUCACACUGAGGUAACAUAAACAUGUUUGUGUGAUGUAUAAAGUUGCGAACAUUGAAUUAGCACUGUUAAAAUGAUGUGUGUUUUGUUGCGAAGUCCACUUAAAUAGCACUAUUUUUGUAUAAAAGAUUAGGGGACUAUGACACAUGUCUAUGUCUGUGUGUCAUGAUCUGCAACUGGAUUACAUGCAAAUAAGAGUUAAAGUCACCAUGAAACUGAUGUAGCGUGUGUCGUCUUUUCUGUAUAAUGAUGUGUGUCCGAGUGAAAAUGGCGGGACUCGAUUUCGUCAAUCAAGAACUGAUUGGAUUUUUGAAAGUUGUGCUAAUUGCUAAUCGCUGCGAUCUUUUCCCGGACAGAAACAAGUCUACGAUAGCUCCGCCCUCGCGCCAUUCGUCGUAAAAGUCGGUAAAGAGAGGUCAUUUCAAGGAGAGGAGUAGGUUAACGUUUUUGUCAUUAUAUAUGUCAAUUAUAAUAAACGCUACAAUAUUUCAUAAAAAUUAAGUUUUUAAUUUAAUGGGUACUUUAAAGGUACAAUAUGGGAUUUCACCACUAGAGGCGAAGCUUAAUUACGUUAUGGCUUGGGCCAUGUUGCUAAAUGCUUAUCGCUGCGAUCUUUUCUCGGACAGAAACAAGUCUACGAUAGCUCCGCCCUCGCGCCAUUUCUCGUGACAGGAAGUAAAGAGAGGUCGUUUGGAGGAGGUUAACAUUUUCGAUUAAAGAUUAUGAGGGCACGUGAAUUAAAAAAUAAUAGUAAAGAAGUGCACAGAUAAGUCAUUUAUUGUAAGCACAAAUUUAAAAUUUUUAUUUCAAUUUCAUGGUGACUUUAAAGGCACAAUAUAGGAUUUCACCACUAGAGGUCGCAUUUUCAAAAACAAAAGCUUUUUGUUUUUACAUCCUCGAUGUAUAUGUUUAUAUUUUUCAGACAAACACAAUCGGAGUUAUAUUAGAAAAUGUCCUGGCUAUUUUGGGGGCAAUUGUGUUUGCGUUACGUGUUGGGAAACAAGCGGCUCCGACUACUCUUGGCAUUUCUAACUGAAUAACUGUGAUCUUGUUUGACUCUAUGAUGUUUUAGCAAUAAGAACAUGCUUGUUAAAUCUCUUAUUGUGUAUUUCUUAUUUCAUCUUCAUGCAUGAUUUGAAUUUUAAAGGUUGAGAAGAAAUGUAAGACGUCUUUAUGCUGAUGAACAGUCGACAAAACAAGAUUCCUGCUAGUUGUCGUCAACAAUAAAGUUUAAAGUGUCAUAUUUUA